GGGCAGUGUUUAUACGUAGUCUAGCGUUACUCAUCAGCUGUGUAUUUCACGGUUAGCUCGAAUACUAUUAGUAUUAGACAAGAUGAAACAGCGGGUUAGCAUUUUACUCACAGCUCAUCUAGUGUGCAUAGUACUUGGCUGUAAUGUUCCGAUAAAACAUUACGAAACAAUGAAGUGUACCCCAGUUGGUGAUAAUGGCUCCGAUUGCCCGACAAGCUUCAAUUGUCCAAGUAUUACAGAACAUGAUAAAUCCAAAUGUUAUUUCAACGGAAAAACAUACGCGCUAAGUGAACAAAUCCCUAAUGAGUUGGUCAGUCCAUUCUGUUCUGCGCUGUGCUACUGUCGUAACGCAUCUCCGUUUGCGCAGUUCCGCUGCACCCACAUCGAUUGUGCCGAAUUCUUCCAACAGUUCGAUUACGACAAUUGCAUCCGCACGUACAAACCCAAUAGCUGCUGUUCGUCCGGUAAGGUUUGCGGCAAGGAGAGGAAUACUUUGGCGAAAUGCCACCUGAAUGGCGAUGAAUACCUCGCGGGUCAGAAAAUGCAUCCUGCAACGAACAAGUGCCUCACCUGCAUCUGUCACGAGAAGUUCAAUGAAGCGAACAUCGCAUACGAUCCCAAUUGUUACGAAUCCAUCUGUGGCUUCGAAUUAUUCUAUGCCAAACAGGCCUACAACGGAGGUGCUCCGGUCUACUAUGAGGAUCGGUGCUGCCCCUGGGAGUGGAGGAUGCCAAAAGACACGGAUCAACUAGUCAAGGGUCCUGAGAAGAACAAAAUCGACGAUCCAACAUUGCACUGUCAAUAUGGCAAGUUGACCAUGAAUGUCGGUGACUCUCUGAAGCCUGAAGUGUACGAUGGAAACACUUACAAGUGCUCGUGCCUAAUUCCUCCAUUGGUGCAAUGUGUGAAGACUAAAAAUUCGAAGCUGUAAUUUAAUAAUAAUUUAAUAAUUCUGAAAUAAAUACCACUACACAUCAAUGAUUAAUGAG